ACGAGACCAGCUUCUUAUUCAUCAACAUCAAAUCAGUUAUCUCGAAAGCUUCUCUUUAUUUCACAGAGCACAGAGCCAACUCCUGAUUCAUCAAUAUCAUAUUAGUUCUCUCUAAAGCUUCCCUUUAAUUUACGGUUUUAAACCUUCUCUAGUUCUAGUUUGUGAGUAAAUUAAGAGAGACCAAAAAUGAGUGUGGAGAUUUUGGAUGGUGCCACCAUUGUCAACUUUCUGGAGGACGAGGAAGCAUUCAACGCGCAAAUAUGUGACCGCUUCGCCCACCUUGAUUCAGACCAUGAUGGCCGGCUUUCCUACGGGGAAAUGUUGAAGGAGCUGCAGUGUUUGAGGUUAUUGGAAACCCACUUCGGCGUGGAUGUGGAAACAGACCCGGAUGAGCUUGCUCUCGUCUAUGGUUCUCUUUUUGUCCAAUUUGAUCAUGACUUGAAUGGGACAGUGGAGUUAGAAGAGUUCAAGUCAGAGACCAAGCAAAUGAUGCUAGCCAUGGCCACUGGUAUGGGUUUCUUGCCUGUUCAGAUGGUCCUGGAAGAAGACAGUUUCCUGAAGAAGGCUGUGGAGUGGGAAUCUACUAAACUCGUUGCCUGACUAAUUCCACAUCCAUUACCCUAUACAUGACUCAUUAAUUGUCUUCGUUAUUUCUUUCUUCUCCGAAUGCAUUCCAAGUUUAGCUGAAUGUAGCAAAGAAAAUAAAUGAAAUGCUCUGUUAUUGGUGCAAUUUGGCAUCUUAAAA